AUGAAGUACACAUCUAUCAUUCUGUGCUUUUCUCUGCAGGCUAUCGCCUUCCCCUUCGCAAUCGACGAGCUCGAGAAGCGCCAGGUACCUUCGACAGACGCUCUGCAAGCCAUUAGCAGGGCAAGAUCCAACUGCGGUAACAUUCCCUGCCUGGUCUUCGAUGAGGAGUCCCAGUAUGUGUCCACCAGCGGCGACCAUGCUUGGGCCGCGCCAAAGGACGACGAGAUUCGCGGGCCAUGCCCCGGACUGAACGCUGCUGCCAACCACGGAUACUUGAGCAGGAGUGGAAUUACCACUCUCACGGAGACCAUCGAGGGCCUUGCUGCGGCCUUCGGAAUGGGGCCAGGUCUUUCUGGAUUUCUUGCUGCGUAUGCGAUCAUCAUGAACGGCGAUGUACUUCUCCAGCAAUGGUCCAUCGGAGGUCCCCCACCAUCAGAUACACUCACCGCGAGCCUGCUGGGACAGCCGCAGGGUAUUUCAUACGCCCACAACACCUACGAAUCUGACAUGUCCAUCGGCCGAUUUGAUGCCUACACCAACAAUGGCGACGCGCACAGCCUGGACAUCAAUCGCUUCAAGCAAGCAUACGAGACUGGAAUGAACGACGACCGAUACACUCUCGAUCUUUUCGCCCAGGAUUACGAGGCCAAGGGCAAGCAGUCCGUCGCCGAGAACCCAUACUUCUUCUCUGCUCCGUUCUCAGGAAUCUUGGUUGCUCCAGCCGCUUACUUUUUCGUCAUCAACUUGAUGAGCAACCACUCUCAAGCCGAACCAAGCGGCUACCUAGAUGGCAAUACCUUCAAGGAAUUCUUUGCUGUGACUGGAGACUAUCCGGACUUCGCAUGGCAGCGUGGCCAGGAGCGCAUUCCCGAGAACUGGUACCGCCGUACUUUGACCAACCCAUAUGAUAUCCCACAGGCCGACUCUGAUCUCGGUGUACAGUACAGCGCGUACCCAGACUCUUUCCGUCUCGGAGGAAACACCAACGGUGUCAACUCUUAUGCUGGUGUCGACCUUGGCAACCUCACUGGUGGCGUCAUGAACUUCGAAUACCUCUUCAACACCGACAGCCCGAAGGCUUCCUGCUUCUUUGCUCAGUUCGCUCAGUCUUUGAUCCCGGACUCGGCCAGCUUGCUCCUGAGUGAGUCCAGCGCAAUCACCGACCUCCUCAACGACAAAAUCCUGUCUGUCGUCGCUGAUAUGGACUGUCCGACCGUCGACAAGUUCGACCAGUCGCUGUUCAAUAAGUUCCCUGGCUACAAGUAUUCCCCAACUGGCGGCGCUCAGAACUGGUAG